UGGCCAUCGAAUAGCUUGCCAACUACAGAGCUUUCUCGUGAACCUUCUGAUCAACUUUUUGAUUUUGACGGGUACGUGAUGCAGUUCCACUAACCAAUUUUGGAGUCUUUCGAUCCAGCAGCUUGUGCUGAUAUUCUCUUUCUGCUACUUGUCAUUUCUCUGUUCCGGAUCAAUUUCAGGGGGAAGAGUUUUGAUCAAGCCAUGGUGACCAGAACGAUAGAUCUCCGGUCCGACACGGUGACGAAACCCACCGAAACAAUGAGAUUGGCCAUGGCGAAGGCGGAGGUGGAUGAUGAUGUUUUGAUUUACGACCCGACGGCCCGUCACCUCGAGACAGAAAUGGCCCGAAUUACAGGCAAAGAGGCCGCACUCUUUGUUCCUUCGGGGACCAUGGGCAACCUUAUAAGUGUUCUCGUCCAUUGUGAGAUCAGAGGAAGUGAAGUAAUCCUUGGCAACAAUUCCCACAUCCACAUAUACGAAAACGGUGGAAUUUCAACCAUCGGGGGUGUUCAUCCGAGACCUGUAAAGAAUAACGAAGAUGGCACUAUGGAUAUCAAUCUCAUCGAGUCUGCAAUCCGAAACCCUGACUUUGAGAUUUGCUACCCGAAAACUAGGCUCAUUUGCCUUGAGAAUUCCCAUGCUAACUCUGGUGGGAGAGUUCUUUCUGUAGACUACACAGACCAGGUUGGGGAGCUUGCCAAAAAACAUAACCUAAAGCUUCAUAUAGAUGGAGCUCGUAUCUUUAAUGCAUCUGUUGCUCUUGGUGUCCCUGUUCAUAGGCUUGUACAAGCUGCUGAUUCUGUUUCAGUAUGCUUGUCGAAGGGGCUUGGUGCACCAGUUGGAAGUGUUAUUGUUGGGACAAAAAGCUUCAUUGACAGGGCAAGGAUUUUGCGAAAAACUUUGGGUGGGGGAAUGAGGCAGGUGGGAAUCCUAUGUGCUGCUGCUCUUGUUGCUUUACAAGAAAACGUUGGAAAGCUUGGAAAUGAUCACAAGAAUGCCAAGACUUUAGCUGAGGGAUUAAAUAAAAUCAAGGGACUCAAAGCGGAUGUAGCUUCUGUGGAGACAAAUAUUGUUUAUUUUGAAAUAUUAGAGGGUUCAAAUAUUACAGCAUUGAAGUUAGGCAAAAUUAUGGAGGAACAUGGCAUACUUUUGAUGCCGGAUAGCUCAUCCAGGGUAAGGAUUGUGAUUCACCACCAAGUAUCUGCAAGUGAUGUGCAGUACACGUUGUCAUGCAUAAAGCAAGCUAUGACUGGAGUUGAAAAUGGUGGCAAUUAAGGCAGAUGUUAAAACAUUGUGAAGAUCAUUUCCAUUUCGAUUUAAAGUUGUACAUGUGUUUGGAUUUAUGUUUGCAGUUACUCUCCUUCCUAUCGAUUGGUUUCUUUAUAACUAAA